CUAGUUCUUUCAAUAUUUCCAGCCUUCCUCAAUCCUCACUACUCCUGAGACCUCCACGCCUCCACCGCCACAGCCCCUCUGGCCCACUGUAUCUCUCGACUCUCAAUCUCGAAUCAGUCACAGCCACUCCUCAGACCUCUACGCCUCCACGCCUCCACGCCUUCACGCCGCAGUCGAGCAGAUCUCCACGCCUCCACCGGCGGCCGGCCAUCAGCCCACCACGAGGAUCUGCUCCAGGCCACCGUCGCGUCCACCGCACGCCGACGCCACCAGGCCACCGCGCCUCCUUUUUCUUCUCUGGCUCCACGGCUUAAAGCUGCUAAUUCCGCCCCACGCUGACACCACCAGCCUCCAUUGUCUGCUCAGCUGCUCUCCGGACUUGAACCGUUGAGCGAAACUGCGAUUUUGGCUGCUUGGCAACGGCAGGAAAGUAGGCGACGACCAAAGCUCUCUCUUCUCUUGCUGCUUAGCUUAGCUUGGCGACGCUCUCUCCCUGACGUCUGGCAAUUUGGUAGAGUUGUUGACUGGUUAGCUGAAAACCACAUCGGGAGGGCAAAAAGUCAAAGGAAAUUUGAAUAAUGGCUGUUGUAGAGGAGGAACAUAAGCAGCAACAGACCUCGCCGAUUGAUCAAAAUGCUGUUGAUGAAAUCAUCACUGAAGGAACUUCAGUUGUUCAUGGAGAGCUCCCUCAAGAUGAUGGUCCACCAAAAGUUGAUUCAGCAAUGGAAGUUCUCCACGAGAAAGUAACAAAGCAAAUUAUUAAAGAGGGCCAUGGUCAGAAGCCAUCAAAAUACGCAACAUGCUUUUUGCAUUAUAGGGCAUGGACAGAAAGCACCCAGCACAAGUUUGAAGACACAUGGCAGGAACAACAACCCCUUGAGCUGGUAAUUGGAAAAGAGAAAAAGGAAAUGACUGGGCUAGCUAUUGGCAUUUCUGGCAUGAGAUCUGGUGAACGUGCGUUGCUACACGUUGGAUGGGAACUAGCCUAUGGAAAAGAUGGAAGCUUCUCAUUUCCAAAUGUUGCUCCUAUGGCCAAUGUUAUGUAUGAAGUUGAAUUAAUUGGUUUUGAUGAAACCAAAGAAGGCAAAGCGCGAAGUGACAUGACAGUAGAAGAGCGAAUUGGUGCUGCUGAUAGGAGAAAGAUGAAUGGAAAUGCUUUAUUCAAGGAAGAAAAACUUGAGGAGGCAAUGCAACAGUAUGAAAUGGCCAUAGCAUAUAUGGGAGACGACUUCAUGUUCCAGUUGUUUGGUAAAUACCGUGACAUGGCUUUAGCUGUAAAGAAUCCUUGCCACCUUAACAUGGCAGCAUGCUUGUUGAAGCUCAACCGCUAUGAUGAAGCCAUAGCACAAUGUAGCAUUGUGUUGGUUGAGGAGGAAAACAAUGUUAAAGCAUUGUUCAGAAGAGGAAAGGCUAGAGCAGAACUUGGGCAGACAGACGCAGCUCGUGAAGACUUCCUUAAAGCACGCAAGUUUGCCCCUCAAGACAAAGCCAUUUCGCAGGAAUUGCGUUUACUCGCUGAACAUGACAAGGCUGUUUAUCAAAAACAAAAGGAACUCUACAAAGGAUUAUUUGGUAAAAGCCCCGAGCCCAAACCCGAGAAGAAGAGUUUACUACUUGUGAUUUGGCAUUGGCUGUUGUCUCUGUUCUAUUAUUUGUUCAGGCGCAAAGCGGGUAAGACCGACUAA